UUUUGCUGAAGAAACGGAGGGAGAACUUAAUGCAUGUUCAGGAGCAGAUGGAAAGUAUACGGGGACAUGCCUGCAGCUGAACGUGACUCACACGUGGGGAGAUGAGCUGCAGUUGGGGCUCACGGGCUCGAGGUGGUGGGCGCCAGCGGCGACGCGCUGCCCGUCUCGGCGGGCAUGCUCAGCGCGCCCUCGGCCUCCGCGCCUGGCAGCCCGGCUAGCGCCGCGGAGGCCCGGCAUGAAUCGCCCUCCUCCGGCCUCGACAGACUCUUGGACGGCGAGAAUGUGACCAUGUGCGCAGAGCACAUGUGCAUCCUGCCUUUCACACCGGGACGAAGUCACCUCCUGGUCAUCACCCUGGCACGGGCGCACACCAUCUCCGGGCUCAGGUUCUGGAAUUACAACCGCUCGCCGGAGGAUACGAGCAAAGGGGUCCGCACAGUCCACGUGGCGCUGGACGGGCGUGUGCUGUCUCCACCAGAGGGCAUUCUCCUGAGAAAGGGGCCAGGAAAUUGCCACUUUGACUUUGCUCAGGAGAUUAUAUUCCGAGAGUUUGCUCCAGGGAGCGCACAGGCCAGAGCACAGCAGACCUCCUGCAGGCAAAUUCCCAAGACGAUCGAGCAGCCAAGCAUGGCCUACGAGGCACCCGCGAUGCCUUGCGGAUUUAUCUUCCAGCUUCAGCUGUUGACGAGCUGGGGCGACCCGUACUACAUCGGGCUCAACGGCCUGGAGAUUUACGACGCCGAGGGACAGCUCAUUCCCCUCACGGAGAACCACAUGACGGCUUUCCCGGACAGCGUCAACGUGCUGGAAGGCGUGUGCGGCGACGUGCGCACUCCGGACAAGCUGAUCGACGGCGUCAACGAUACCCACAACGGUCGGCACAUGUGGCUGGCUCCCAUCCUGCCCGGAGUGGUGAAUCGGGUCUACAUCAUUUUCGACCACCCGACAUCCGUGUCCAUGGUGAAACUGUGGAACUACAGCAAGACGCCGUCGAGGGGUGUCAAGGAGUUUGGGGUCCUCGUCGACGACCUGCUGGUGUACAACGGGACUUUGGAGCAAAUCUCGGGGGUGUCACGGAGGGGGUCGCCUUACAGGGGGUCCCCGCGUUCGUCGCGCUCGCCCGUGCCAUGCCACACCAUCCUCUUCACCGACGAGCCGAGUCUGGUGACGAGGGAGCGCCGCGCGGUGCCCGAGCCGCAGGCUUUAAAUGAGAUGCACAUGAUAUAUGCAGAAGAAGAUGAUGAUGAUGAUGAUGACAUUCAGCUGUUCGACAGUGGCCGGGUGUUGCGACAGAGAGCAAAGCCUGUUGACCAAGCUCUUCGCCCCAUGACCUGCAUAACAGUUCGAGGUCAAAGUGGAAAAAUAUAAAAGUCGCACUUAAAAGCCUGAGCGAUGGCUCAUGGAAAAGGAAAAUUGUUCGCGUUUCUUGCCCAGCACGUCACCGUUGAUCCAGCAGUGUUUCCCGUUUCAGUAUAGAAUCCGAUUAAAUAUGCAUAUAAUGUUGCAGAAACUGACAAAAGUAAAAUACGGUGUGAUAUAUAUAAUUUUAACUGCAACAUCUUGACGUCGUACAAAGUGUCUGCAACAUACACACACAAGUGUCCUUAAAUAGUAAAGAAACUUUUUUUUUUUACAUUUUAAAUACAUAUGUGAGCCUGCACUCCAUGCGUUACAAGUUGAAACGGUUGCGUCUAAGUGACGCCUUGUGUGAGGGCCGGCGUUGGGACUUCAUCAUCACUACACCACGGCCGAAUUUUGGACAUCAUCUUUCUUACAGAUUCAUGCACCGUUUUCGGCAGUUCGUUGGCAAAGUAGAGCUCGCCAAAAGAGUCUGUACCACUGCAUAACACACGUUUACCGUGUGUUAUGCAGUGAGUUGCCGUGAUGUUCUGCUGCACGCGCCUACAUUUUAUUCCUGGAGAAGCUCCAGGCGCGUGCAGCAAAACGUCGGACAUCGUGCAGAAGGACACGCGGUAUGACCCGAAAAUAGAUUGUAGAGUUACAUGGCAUGACCGUGAAAACCUACGCAGGGGCGCUGUUGUUCAAAUUAUAAUUCACAAUUGCUGCAGUCGUGGUUAAAUUACAGUCGUUAACUUUUACAUUUUAGUGUUAUAACAACGGUUCAUUAUUACAGGAAUAGUUAUCGUAACUAUAAUUCAUCCUAAUUGUAAAACAUAAAUUAAACAUGUACAUGGCCGCCCUUCUUGUCAGUCCACUGUGCAGUAGUUGCACAAUACCUCACCACGCUGGUCAUCGUUGGUUGGUCGGGGUGAGCAGCAUAGAUGUGGGAGCAUAGAAUCACAGUACAAUAGAUGUUGCUGCACCGCUCUCGUAUGGCCACAACGUAGUACAACCCUGGCCCCACCGCCUUUGACAAUCUGUGUGCAUGGUGGUCGCCCAUCCAAGCACUAUCCAGGCUCAAAAUCGGCUAAGCGUCGGAUAUCUGAUGAAAUCGGGUACAUUCUGGGUGAGAUGGGCAUAUGAAAUCUAAAAUAACUGCAGGUGUUUAAAUAUAGAGCGUAAAACUCAGUGAUAGAAUUGAGAACAGUUUUGUAAUCUUGAUUAAUUAACCCUCAUGUAUCUGUAUAGCAUGGCCUUCUAGAACGUUUCACAGUUACAGGACAAUCAGUAUUGGAAACAUAAUAGCAACCUUUCAUUACUAUGGCCAUGAUGUUUGUGUGAUCUUUAUCCUUUUAGUCUACUCUGGCAGCUGUAGUUACAAUCCAAUGUGAAAAAUCUUAGUUGGUUGGUAUCGCUGCGUUUUAACUUCUGUAUAUAAAUGUCAAAAACCAGAGAGUGAUUUAUUUGAUCAAAUGAGCACUGAGGUGAUGCUCACUCCUGUUUACAGCCCUGAGAGCCAGUGGUGGAAAUUCCACAUUCCUAUGGCGGGGGUGACAACUCUAUAAAUCCAGUCAAUAUAAUAACGAUACAGUAGAAACAGUACCAUAAUGAAAGCAUAACAUAUCUUUCUAAUAGCAUAAUAAUUCGUACAAAUAACAGUUACAAGGAGUAACAAAUAUCUGAAACAAAAUGUCACAUUCGUUGCUAUGCAGUAAUUUGGUGCUAUAUAUCGCUAAUACAGUUGUAUUGGCCAUGUGCUUUGUUGACUCCCAAGUGGCUGAGGGUCACCCGAGUGGGAGCAGUGAGCACCCAGAGUCCCGUGGGGGGUACCGUCACCAACCCGCACUGACCACGCUGGCGAGGUAUGGUCGCGUACCUCUCCCCCACUCGUAGUGCAGCAGCAACAACAACAAAGACACGGAUAUUAAUUCGCACGCAACUGGGAUUGUAUCAAGCAAUCGUGGCUAGGUUUACGUUGAACUUCUUUCACAUCGUACGUGGCCAACCGUGCUAAUUGGAGGUGCGUGGGAAGGACAACAAACUAAACACAAAAAGUUUAACACGUAGGAGGCUUUCGCGACCAAUAUUAUUCAUAAUCAACGUUUUUGGGUU